AUGGUGUCUCGUUUCAGAGUAAAAAAACUCUCUCCAAAGCACCCACUCCCUAUUUUCAAAGAGUAUCAGCUCCCAGACCUUCAAGAUGCUGCUAAUGCCCAACGAUCAGUACCUCAGAUAGAGACUGGUGUAGAGAAGGAAGAAGAAGAAGAGCAUGAUUUACAAGCUGCCAUCUCUGCUGCUCAGGCUGCCGUAACCACUGGUGCCUCUGUCGAAAAGUACAUUCCCACUCCAGAUGCUUCUUGUCUGAUUCCUGAGGAGGAAUACCGCUCCCUAUACAAGAAAAACUACAAAGAGCCAUCCACUUUGAUUCGAUUCUCUUCUACAGUUGAGGACUCGAUUGGAUGUCCUUAUUAUAUGGAUGAACAAGAUGAAGCUUACCUCGAAUCAUACAACAAAGAACAUCCUGGUGAGAUAUUGUCUGAGGAUUUGUUUGAAAAGAUCAUAUGGGAGAUUGAGUCCAUUGCAAGUCAACAUUGGCCACAUCUGGAUUUAGACCCUUCUCAUAUUCCUGAUUUCAAGUCAUUUGAUCAGCAUAUUCCAGACUACUCAAAGCUCAAAUCUUUCCCCAAUUUGCAGAUGAUCUUUCAGCAUUGGCGUCAACGUUGUGAAGCAAGACAAGGCAAGUCCAUCAUUCCCCAGUUGAAGUUUGAAGAAGCAGUAAAGAACGAAAAUGAUCCCUAUGUCUGUUUCCGUCGAAGAGAAACCAAGCCAGUUCGUAAAACGAGACGUACAGAUCAGCAAUCUCUGGAACGCUUGAGAAAGCUGCGCUCAGAGCUGGAGAUGGCCAGAAACUUGAUGGAGAUGGUUGUACGUCGAGAGAAGAUCCGUAAGGAAGGCUUGGUACUGGAACACACUGUAUUUGAAAAGAAGCGAAUUCUGCAAGAGUAUCAAAAGACAUUGGGUAUCAAGGAGGAUGAAGACUUACUGCCUUCAUUGAAGAAGAAGAGAAAGAUUUUCAUGGAAGGUUCAUCAGGUGCCACCAUCAAGAUCCCAUUGCACAAGCUUCGUAGAGACCGUCUCGACAAAUCACCUGCACAACUCGCUAUUGAAGCAGAAUUGGCUCGUAAAAAGGAAAUGGACUUGCCCUACGAGGAUUGUACAGAGUCUCCAUAUCAGCCAUUUCCUUUCUCAACGCCUCAACACUUCUUUCAAUCGAUUGGAGCCACACCCAAGGAUAAACCAAAGCAAUCAGGUCCCAAGUACAGAAAGCGUAUGGGUAGAAAUGGCCGUAUCUUUAUUGAUCGCAAGGGUGUCGCUGUCUCCUCAGAACAACAUCAAUCAGGAGGUAAAUCUCGCCCUGGCGUUCCGUUACAGCCCACACACAACCAAUAUAAGUUUGACUCGGAUGUCAGUGAAGACGAACAUUCGGAUGAAAUGGAUAUAGACGAGAUGGAUAGCUUGUAUCUUCAGCAUAGAGUGAAAUUGCUGUCAGAGAAUGAGCUGCGAAACCUGGUGACAAUUCCAUUCCUGACUCCUUUGAACAUGAUGAGCAUCAACAAUGCUCGCUCUGCUGCUGCUGCUGUUACUAACGCUCAACAACCUCAACAUGCAAAUGGCCGUGCUUCUCCAGCCUCAGCCACUAUGACAUCUGCUUCUUUAGUAUCUCCAUCUGCUUCAUAUCCCAGUGCCAAUCGUGUCCCAUUACAGCAGCACGCUUCUACCAACGCAAAUCCUAUCAAUUCCGUCGUUGGUAAUUCAUCUGCUAGCGUGCCUAUCAAACGCCAAAAUAGUCGCACUAAAAUGACGCCACAGCAAGCAGCUGUUGCAAUGGCAAACGGUAUGAUUGCUGCUAAUAUGGCUGCUGUGGUCAACAACUCGAAUGGUAGUAACAAAGCCGCUAUGCAAAGAGCCAUGGCUGCCGCUCAACAACAACAGCAACAACUGAAUAGUCGUAAGUAG